ACGCACCGCCCCGCCGGGCAGCAGACAUCCUCGCUAAAUCCAUCCAUCUUGACACACAUCGGCCCUUUCCAGAGGUUCGUUGCUUGUGGUUGCUCUUAGCCAAGCGAAACGGUUUAUCUGCGCCAAUCAAGGGCCCGCCGAUCAGGUCGCGGUGCUGGAUACACCUUCCACGAUAGGCACUCGAUCAUGCACCCCGGCGCGGUCCCGCGCGAUGCUCCUGAUCAACACCUUUAACGAGGCACAAGUUAUAUAUCCUCGACAGACAAGUCCUCUCAGGGGGCUGCCUAUCCCAGGGGCCGCUUCAAAGUUCAGCCCAAUUCCCAGGCUCCUGGAGUCCUGGGGCAUUCGCUGCCCAGCAAAGCAAGCCGCAAACGUGCCGUCGCAAAAAGUGUCCCAACGCACGGGACACCGGGGGUCGUAUGUGGUCUUCCGUCGCCGGCCGGUUUGUCCUUGCAAGACGCUCAUUAACAGAGCAAGCCUCACCUUGGCUUCUCGACUAGGUCAUGCUAUGGUCCUGCUGCCUUGGUUGCUUCCUCUCAUCUCCCGGACAAGCCGCAAAUGUCAACGGGAUCCGGAAGCAUCCACGCGGCGAAGCGGGCGUUCUCGCGCAAAGUCUAGCUGCAACCUGCCUCACCGAUAUCCAACACCAAGGCCGCGAAGCUACACCACAAACUUUCGUGAUCAAUAAGGCCGCGGUAUGAUCUCAUUUUCCAACAUCCUAGGGAAUAAGCUAUCAGUUAUUGGCCACCCAAGCCCGGCAAAGAGGCAGCGGUGUGGCCAAUGCCGGGGUAAAGGGAAACCCCUAUCGUUCGGUCCAUUCACCAUCCUAAUUCUCAGACAUGGCCAUGCGACUGAGCACACCCGGCGGAACGGUUCCCCGUAUUCA